ACAGCAUUUUGAGUGGCAGGUUGCUUUGCGCCUUUUUUCGCUCAUCACCAAGACCAGCAACCCGUAGGAUGGACAAGGCUAAGGACGACGGAGGAUAGGCCGUUGAGCCUAGAGUAUAUGGGGCGAAGACCUCCCCAUGACGAAACAAUAGGGUUGGGCUAACUUAUCGUCUAGCGCGUACGAGGUGGAAGCCAUGGCUGAGCAUAGUCCCGACGACGAGCGUUAGUGGCAACAGUGGGAGCUUGGAAGCGCCACGCAUUCGUCUAGUUUCGUUUAUUUAUUUUGGAAGGAGUUAGGUUUUUUUGUUGUCGACGCGCUCGUUAUUGCGCAAUACCCUUCUGCUCUCCGCUCGAUCUAACCAGACACAAAGCUUAAGCCAUUUUUUCCUCCCAUUUCCUAAGCUCCCAUUAGGGUUCCGCGGCGUUUGGAGACUUAAGCUCACUAUCUAAUCUCUACAGUGCAAGAAAGCUGUAUAUCGUUCCUUCUGAGUUUUUGCGCUGCCGUUUCUUGCACAUAUACCGUUGAAAUAGGCUCAUUUCCAAGACUCGCCGGCCCGGGAUAAAUAGCUAGCUGCGAAGAGUACAAUCCCGCUGUAAUCCGGUUACCAAAUACUGCUCGCUGAUUUUCGGAGAGAGAGAGAGCUGAGUUCGCUGUGACUUCCGACACCGGUCGCUCCGGUCAUGAAUAACGGGGGCGGAGCGCUCCCCGGCUCGCCGGAGCCAUGGGUGGAGCGCGAGUUGGAGAAGCGCAUGGGCCAGCUGCUGCCGCUGGUGGAAGAGUCCUUCUCCGUUGCUUCCUCCCUUGCUAAGCAAUUCGUGCAGGACCCAGGUGUCGACGCACUGGUGGACGACGACGACACAGCCUAUGCUGUUGAAGAGCUUGUAGCGGAUCUCGCCUCCAAAGGCAUCCCAGGUGCAGCGGAUCUAGACGACGCUCUGCAGCAGUAUGGGUCGGAGGACAUUGCGGAGUCGGUGGUGGCGUACUUCGACGUGCUCAUGGCGGCUGUGGACGGACACCUGGAGAAGGAGGGCGCAAGUGAGGGAGCGAGUGAGAGAGGGAGUGAGGGGGGGAGAGGAGGAGGGGUAGGAGGAGGAGGAGGAGGAGGAGGAGGAGGAGGAGGAGGAGGAGGAGGAGGAGGAGGAGGAGGAGGAGGAGGAGGAGGAGGAGGAGGAGGAGGAGGAGGGGGGCGGAUGGGAAUGGAUGUGGAUGAUAUGGAUGGGGAGGAGGGGGUGCUGGACGAAGAGGAGGCAGAUAUGAGAGAUGAGGAAGCAGACGAGAUGGGAGGAGUAGGAAUGGGAGGAGUGGGAAGAGGAGUAGGGGGAGUGGGAGGAGUGGGAGGAGGAGGGGAAGGAGGAGAGUCGGAUCAAGGGUCAUUUGAUGAUGCUGAUGAUGAUGACGACGAUGACGAUGAUGAUGACGACAUUCCUUUGGCAGUACCAGGAAGGGAGUACCUAUCCGGCUCAGAAGAGAAUGAGGAGGGAGAGGAGGAGGAGGCGCCAGGUGAUACUGGCAGUGUGAUUAUACACGAUGGUAUCAGCGCUGCAGGCUCGGCCCGGGGCUCCUUCCGAAGCUCGAUUGUCGACUCGGGGUCAUUCCGGGGCUCCGUUGGAGGUUCGGGAAGGAGUGGGGUUGGACCGUACCAGAGCUCAGGUAUGGAAUUCCGGGAACUGGAGGAGGGGGGAGAUGGUCUGGAUGGUAUCGACGAUGAUGAUGACGACGACGAUGACGAGGAUAUCCCGCUUGCCGAAGCUGGAGGUUCGGGGGAGUACGGGUCAGGUUCGGAUAGCGAUGUGGUGCCGAUCGCGCAGCCGGGGAGGGCGCCGGACCUGGAGGGGGGAGGCUUGGACGAUUCCCAAGGAGAGGAGGAGGGUUCGUUUGGGGAGGGGGAUUCUCAGCUAGAGGGUGAUUCCGUAGGUGAGGGUGACUCACAAGGGGAGGGCGAUUCUCAGGGGGAGGGUGAGUCUCAGGACGGCAUGGGGUCGCAGGAAGAGGCUGGUUCUGCUACUCCUGAGAGUGUUUCAGGGUCGGGUGAAGACAUGGGGGAGGAGGAUGAUGAUGAUGAUGAUGAUGAUGACGACGACGAUGACGAUGACAGUGAUGACGAUAUUCCUAUUGCCAUGGUGAACCUGUCAAGUCACAGCAACAACAACAGCUUCGGCAGCACGAGAGGCAGCGGCGGUGCUGGUGUUGCUGCUGGUGCUGGUGCUGGUGCUGGGACUCUUGCUGGUGCUGGUGGCAGCAGCAGCAGCAGCAGCAGCAAGCACGAUCAGCCACACAUUCCAGCUGCAAUCAAGGCUUUAAGGUCUCAGCACUUUGACGUUCCCCACAAGCCGCUUACAGGGUCAGGCGGGAUGGGCAGUCCGAGAGUCGCCGCCCUCAGCCGCCCGGGCGCAGCCGGGUUCAUCCGUCCAAUGCCGCCCACCGCCGGCCGCGUCAACUCCUUCUCCGUCUUUUCCGAGCCGCCCCAAAAGCUGCCGACCAACCGGGUAAACUCGUUCUCUGGACACCGUUUGCAGGGGGAUGGGCCGCCUCUAACCCCUACCCCCCCCCCGCACCCUCACCCGCCCAUGUCGGAACGAGAUAGGCUCCUAGCCGCACGAGUUAACUCCUUCCAAAUGCGAGGGGUUAGCAGUCCCCGCGCUGCUGCUGCUGCUAAUCGAGUCAACUCGUUCUCCCACCCGCCUAGUGGCCUGGCUUCGCCACAAGCUAUGGUCGCAGGGCGGGUGAACUCCUUCAACGUGGACUCGAGGCCGGGGACUGGGGGCAGUGCGGGUGGGUUUGUGUCCUCCCCGCUUGCCAAUCGGGUGAACUCGUUUCAAGGGGUGGGGCUCGGUGUUAGGGGAGGAGGGCUCACCCCACAGUCACCAGGAGGGCUGGGAGGACUGGGAGGCGAGACAGGGGUGGGGCACGGGCGAGGGAAAGACGAAGAGGAGGAGGAGGAGGAGGAGGAGGAGGAGGAGGACGGGGAGGAGGAGGAAGGGAGAGGGAGGGGUAGAAUGUCUGGGAGUGAGAGUUGUAGUGAGGAGGAGAAGGGGAGUGGCAGCAGUGGCAGGAGCGGCAGUGAGAGGGCGGUAGAGGAGGAAGAGGAGGAGGAUGAGGAGGGGAGCAGUGAGGAGAGGAGCGAGGAAGAGGAGGGAGCGAGUGGCGAGGAGGGGAUGGGCGGGAGAGCAAGAGGGAGGUUUGGAGGAGGCGGAGAGAGUGGGAGUGAGAGUGAGGGGGGGAGUCGCAGUGAGAGCCGUAGCAGGAGCGGGAGCGACAGGGGCAGUGGGAGUGAUAGAUCUAGGUCGGAUGACGAGGGUUAUGGUGAUGAAAGAACCGAUUCUGCUCUUGCGGGUGCGGCUGCUGUUGGAGCAGGAGCAGGAGGGGUGGGAGCAGGAUUGGGGAGGGGACGCGGGCGAGGGAUAGGAGGAAGGGGAGUGAUAGGGCGUGCAUUCGUGCACACGGAUAGUGACCCGGGCUUGGACAGAGCCCCAGGGGGGUCCAUGGACAUAGACGACGCCAUGGCUCUGUACGGCCGUGCGCCGACCCUGCCCAUAAUGAGACAAGUCAAUGCCAGCCCAACGCAGCACGCGCCGCCGCCCCUGCCGACCGUCCCCUCACCUGCAGGCAGUGCUGCGGGGGGGGUCAGCAGAGGGGGGUCUACCUUCCCCAGGCCUACCUCCACUGGGUCUGCCUCCCCUGGCUCUGCCGCGGUCUCUCCUGCUGCGGGUGCAGGUGCAGCAGGGGGGGGUGUAUCCAUGUCUCCCAAGCCCUUCCCCCCGACAAGAGACGGCAGGAGAAGCGGAUCCUCGGGGGGGAGCGGAGGGGCGGGGCUGGGAACAGUGGUGGAAGAGGGGGGUGCGAGACAGGUGGGGGGGGAGAGGGCGGAGGAGGAGGGACCGAAACGAGUGAGUGUGGGUGUGGGGGAGGAGGUGCUACUCCCACUGGUGCCGACCCCUCCUGGAGGAGGGGCAAAGAAGAGCCCUUGGGGGAGCUUUGGCCGCCGGAGCUUUAAGAGAAUUAGCAGUAGGCAAGAGGCGGAUACAGAGGCGGAGGAGGAUGGGGGAGGGGGAGGAGGAGGGUCAUUUGGAAGGGAGAGAGGAGGGGUUAUGGGGGUGGUAGGAGCAGGGGUGGUAGCAGGCAUGGGUGCUGUUGCUGCUGCUGCUGUUGCUGCUGUGGGAGAGGGGGGAAAGAGAGUGGAGGUGGAGGAAGAGGGAGCGGAGAAGGGAGAGGUGGGAGGAGGAGAGGUAAUGCCAGCUGCAGCUGUGGUUGAUGAUACAGACAGUAGUGAUGAGGAGGAGGGGAGGAGGGUGGAGGCAGAGGAGGAGGAGCAUGCGGAUGGGAGGAGUGUGAGUGGGGAGGAGAGUGAGGGGUCUGGAGUGGGUGGCAAGCGGAAGCUGGGAGUGAGAUUUGGGCGGCUGCCCGGGUCCCCCGGGCAGUUUGGGGCAGAAGGAAUGGAAGAGGACGUCCGGGGGUCCCCGUCUCGCCGAACCAAGUUGCAGGAUGGUUCGGCGGCCGACCAGUGGCAGCUUCGGAAGCAGGGCCAGUCUGGGCCUGGGGAUACAGGUCUGGUAGCAGGCUUGGCGGCAGGCUCGGCAGCAGGCUCGGAAGCAGGCUUGGGGGAAGCUGCACAUCUGCAGAGCUUCGGAAGCAUUGAUGUGACAAUGAGAGAGGCAGGGAGAGAGGAGGAGGGAUUGAAGGAGGGAAGGGAGGGGAAGGAGGAGGAGGGUGUUGGGGAGGAGAGAGGGGACUCUGGUUCGGAGGCCGAAUCUGAAUCUGGUUCGGAAGGUUUAGGUCCGGUAGAAGGAGCGAAGGGUGAAGAUGGAGCGGAGGGAGGGGAGGGCGGUUUGGCAGGUUUUGCAUUUGAUCGGGAGGAGUCGAGGGGAGAGGAGGAGAGGGAGGGGGGAAGUGAGGGAGCGAGUGAGGAGGGGAGUGAGGGAGGGAGUGUGAUCCACGGUGAGUCUGAAGAAGAGCAUGACUCCAGGUCUGAAGGCUCGGUAAGAGGCCCGGAUCAUCACAGGCGAGGCUCGGGAGACUGGACUGGUUCGGAACAAGGUUCGGCCCGAGGCUCGGAGCGAGGUUCGGGACAGUGGUCCGGUUCAGAAUAUGGGGAGGAGUAUGAUGAGGAGGGAAGGCCGGUCAGCCGGGAUGGUCGUAGGCCUGUGAGCCGAGACGGGAGGCGUGUAAGUUAUGGUGAGGAGGGGAGGCCGAUAAGCCGAGAUGGGAGGAAUGAGGAGUAUGAUGAGGAGGGGAGGCCGAUAAGCCGAGAUGGGAGGCCUGAUAGCAGAGAUGGUAGGUGGAGGAGAGGAGAGGAUAGGUGGGAGGCGGAGGAGUAUAGUGGCAGUGAGAGAGGGAGUGAUGAGGGGAGUGACCAGCGGAAGGAGAGGGCGGAUCAGGAGUGGCGGGAGUGGGCGGCAGACAGAGAGUCAGACGAGGAGCGGAACACGGAGGAUGGGAGGGGGUCAGAGGAUGGGAAAGGGUCAGUGCAGGAGCGAGGCUCAGAGGAGGACGAAAUGGGUGGGGAGCAGGAAAAUGGGUUCAGUGCGGUUGAGAGGCAGGAUGGGAAGGGGGGCGAAGGGAGCAUCAGCAGGAUGAUGCCAGUAUCGUUGGUGGGGCGAAGGGGGUCAGGUCUGGUGGUUGACGUGGGGAAGCCAAAUGAUGUGGAGGAUGAGGAUGAGGAGGAGGGGGAGGAGGUAGGUCACGAGCAUGAUGAUGAUGACCAUAGUGAGCCUCGCGAGCCCGAGGAGUGGUCAGGUUCGGAUAGAGGCUCGGAAAGAGGCUCGGUUGAAGGUUCGGAAGGGCACAGGCUCGGCAGCGACCGUGGUUCGGAGGGUGGUAUGACUCCAGAGCUCACACCCCAGGGCAGCUGGAGGGGCGAUGAGUUGACCCCUGUGGGCAGUUGGAGGGGCGAGGGGGAACUUACCCCGGUUUGGGGGGGCGAAGGGGAAACUACCCCGGUUUGGAGGGGCGAAGGAGAUAUCACCCCUCAAGGCAGUGGGAGCUGGAGAGAAGAGGCGGAGAGGGAGGAGGUUUUGACACCUGAGCUAACGCCCCAGGGCAGCUGGAGGGGGGAGUUUUCAGGGAGUGAGAGAGGGGAGGGGUCAGAGGGGGAGAGAGAGGGGAGGUAUGAAGAGGAGAGGGGGAGUGAGGGGUCGAGGGAUGGGGGCGAGGAGGAGGAGGAGAGGGAGAGGGAGAGGGAGAGGGAGAGGCAGUGGGAAAGUAUGAGGGAUGAGGAGGAAGAGAAGGAGGGGAGUGUGAGGGUUGAGGAUGAGGACAUGAGGGAGAGUGAGGGAGAGCGUGAGGGAGAGAGUGAGGAAGAGGAGAGGGAGAGACAAUGGGCAAAGCUGCAUGCUGGGAGUGAAGAGGGGAGUGAGGGGGCGAGUGAGAGGGGAAGUGAGAGGGGGAGUGUGGGUGAGGUGGAGGAGGGAAGGAUGGAGGAGGAGGAGGAAGGAAUGCGUGAUGGGCUGAAGGGGGGGAAAGGGGAAUUGGAAGAGGACGAGAAUGAGAGGGGAGGGGAGGAAGUGGAAGAGGAGAGGGAGAGGGAGAGUGCGAGUGAGGAGGAGGACGAUGAUGAUGAUGAUGUGGUGGUGGUUGCAGCAGCAGCACUGCCACCGUCAGAGGGAGAGGAUUCUGAUAGGGAUGAAUACCAAGGCUCAGAAGGAGGCUCGGAGGAAAGCUCGGAAGCAGGCAUGGAAGGCUUGAAACCAGGCUUGGAGGAUGGAAGAGGUUCGGAAGGUGAGGGGAGGAUGGAGAGUGACGAAGAAGAGGAGGCGAUGAGAGAACGAGCGGAGGAAGAAGCAGACGAGCAUCGUAUAUGGGAGGAGCAGCAGGCGCAGGAGGGAGGGGAGGGAGGAGAGGAAGGGGAGGAAGGGGAGGAGGACGAAAGCGGGAUGAGGAGUGAUGACGAUGAGCCUAGGGGCGGGGAACAUGGAGGGGAGAGUGAGAACGAGGGCAGUGAGAGUGACGACGAUGUUGUUGUGGCGGCUACCGCUUCCCUGUCUGCAGGCGAACCUUCCGAGGCCUUUUCUGCCAGUGUACUCUCCCAGGCACCUGUUGGGGCCAUGGAGGAUUCAUCUGUGGAGGGUGCUUUCUCGAUGGCACCUGUUGCUGCGAUGGGAGCAUUAGCAGCAGGAGCAGGAGAAAUGGAGGUUGGGGAGGGUGAAGAGGCCGGGUUGUAUUCACCAGCUGACUUUCCCCUGCAAGGCAGUGCACCUUCCGCCUUUAUCAAGUCUGGUCUUAAAGGAGCAGAAGAGGGGGAGCUUGGGGAGCAGGAGGAGGGGCAGGAGGAGGACGAGGAGGAGGAGCAGGAGGGGAGGGGUGAUACGGAGCCUGAGGAAAGAGAGGGGGAGGAGGAGAAGGUAACUUUUGAGUCGACUCAAGAGGAGGGACAUGAGGAGGCCGAAUUGCGUGGCGAGGGGUCUGAGAGGGAGGAGGAAAAGGGGCGUGAGGAGGAGAGUGAGGAGGAGGAGGUAGAUGGUGGAGAUUUGGGUAGGAUGGAGUCUGAUAACGAGCGUGAUGGGGAGGAGAGGAAGGAGGGGGAGAGUGAGGAGGAGGGGGAGAGUGAGGAGGAGGGAGAGAGUGAGGAGGGGGGGGAGAAGGGAUCUUUUGGUGAAUCACCAGGGCUAUCACCAGUGGGUGGAGAGAGUGCGUGGAGGGAGGAGGAACGGGAGAGAGGGGCAUUGUAUGGGGAAGAAGAGGGGGAGGAGGAGGAGGAGGAGAGGGGGGUAGGGAGUGAGGGAGAGAGCGGAGGGGAGGAGAGUGGCACAGAGGAAGAGGGCGGUAGUGUUAAGAUGGGCGGUAGUGUUAAGAUGGGCGGAAGUGUUAAGAUGGGCGGUAGUGAUGGAGAGGAGAGUGAGGGGGAGCAGGGUGAGGGGGGAGUGAGAGAGAGGGGGGAGAGUGAGAGGGGGGAGAGUGAGAGGGGGGAGAGUGAGAGGGGGGAGAGUGAGGUGGGGGAGAGUGAGGGGGAAGAUAGUGAGGAGGAGGUAAGGAGGGAGAGGCGGCACCAGUACCAUCAGAAUCAGAUGGUGGAAGAUGAAGAGGUGGAGGAGGCGGAAGAGGAGGAGGCGGUGGAAGAGGGGGGAGAGGCGAAAGAGGCGUACAAGGAAGGGGAGGGUAGGGAAAUGGAGAGGGGAUCAGACGAGGAGGGUGAAGAGGAGAAGAGUGAGGGAGGUGAGAGUGAGAGUGAGGGGGGUGAGAGUGAGGGGGGUGGGAUGGACUUGGAACAUGAGAGUGAGAGGCUUGGCGUUGUAAGGGUGGAGAGAGGAGAGGGGGAGGAGGGGGAGGAGGGGGAGGAAAUGGGGGAGGGAGAGGAGAGAUAUUUUAGGGAUGAGAGCCUUGAGAGGGAGGGGAGGGCAGGGAGUGAGAGUGAGGACGAGGAACAGAGGGACGAGGAAGGGGAGGAGAAAGAGGAAAAGGAAAUGGAAGCGGACGAGGGAGAGGAGGAGGUUAGGGAAGAGGAGGAGGAGAGGGGCAGGGGCAAGGAGUCAGGCAGUGACAAUGAUGAGGACGAGGAAGAAAAGGUUGCGACUGGACAGGCGGAUCUGGGGGAGGUUUUAUCUGUGGAACAGGAGGAAGGUAGGGAAGAGGAAGGGGAGGCUGGGGAGUCAGCUAGUGACGAUGAGGGGGAGGUGGUAUCUGUGAAAGAGGUGGAAGGGGAGGGUGAUUCGGAAGAAGAGGGGCUUUUGGAAGAGGAGGAGACGCCAGAACGGAUGUCAGAGGGAGGUGCAUCCGGGGAAGGUAGAUCUGAGGAUGGGGAUGAGGAGAAGGCUUGGAGGGGUGAAGGAGAGAGGGGCGAUGGGGAAGAGGAGAGGAGAGAGGAUGGAGGAGGAAGUGAGGGAGGAGAGAGUGAGGGAGGAGAGAGUGAGGAUGUGAUGGAGGGUAUUGAGAGUGAGGGAGGGGAGGAGAGCAGUGAGGGAGAGUGGGAGGGGAGGAGGGAAGAGUGGGAGGAGGAUGAGGAGGGACGGGAGGCUUUGGCCGCUGUUUCGGCAGCUUCGGCAGCAGCAGCUUCGGCAGCAGGAAGACAUGGGGAUGAGGGGGAGGAGGAAAAGGAGGAAGAAGUGGAGGAGGAUGUGAGUUCUUUUGCAGCAGAUGUGGAUCGGUCUGAGGAAGGUGAGAAGGGGGAACAAGAGGAUGAGGAGGCGGAUUCGGAGGAUGAGGACGAGGGUGAGGAAGAGAUCGAGAUGGAGGGAAGGGGACACGAGAGAGUGGAAAUGGAGAGUGAAGGAGAGAGUGUGGAGGGCCACGAGGCAGCUUGUAGUGAGGAUGAGCGAGCAGAUGGUAGGGAGGACGAGAGUGAGGAGGGUGGAGGGAGGAGGAGCGAAGAGGAGGACGAGGGAGAGGAGGAAGGGGGAGAGGAGGAAGAGGGAGAAGAGGGAGAUGAGGGAGAAGAGGACGAGGGAGAGGAGGGUAUUGUUUUCCCUGUGGCGCAUGGGAAGGCAGGGGCAGAGCUGGGAGUCGAUUCCCCUUCGUUUGAGUCGACGCUUAAGUCUGCCCGUUCCCCUCGAAGCUCUAGCUGGAGCCCCCUCUCCCCCCACGCUGCUGCUGCUGCUCCUCACUCGCACCCUUCGCCGCACCUAGGCACUGGUAGCCUAGGCUCUGCUGCUGCUGGUGCUGCCGCUGCUGCUGCUGCUGCUGCUGCUGCUGGUGUGGUUGCUGGUUUGGCUGUUGGUGCUUCUUCUGGUGCUGGUGAUUCUGCUGCUGGUGCUGGUGGCACUGCUGCUGCUGCUGGUGAUGCUGCUGCUGCUGCUGCUGCUGCUGCUGCUGCUGGUGCUAGUCCCAGCAGUUUCACGUUCACCCCACAUAAACCUUCCCCCUUCGUCUCUUUGCCCAUUCCCCCCCGUGCCGGACUGACCCUACUCUCCCCAAGUGCCGCUCUCGCCCUCUCACCCCGCCACCCCCCCUCUCCCCCUCCCCAGCGCCCCCCCCUCCUCACCCCCAUUUCGCCGCGGGCACGAUUGGCUUCGUAUCGAGUGGCAGGGGAAGGGUCGGGGUUUGGUGCGGGGUGGAGUGGGGAGGGAGGAGAGGAGGGGAGGAAGGGCGGGUGGGCUGCUGGAGAGAGGGUGGAGGAGGAGGGUGAGGGAGAGGAGAGAGAGGAGAGAGAGGAGGGAGAGAAGGGAGAGAAUGGAGAGGAGGAAUGGGAGGAGGAUGAGGUGGAAAGGGCGGAAGGGGGAGAGGAGAGGGGGGAGGGAGGAGAGGAAGGAGAGGGGAAAGGAGAGGUGUGGGUUGGGGAUGCAGAGAUGGAAGGUGAGGAGGUGGAAGAGGGGUUGGAAGGGGUACAGGGGAGUAAGAGCGGGAAGGGGGAGAGUGAGAACGAAGAGAGUGAGAGGAUCGAGAGCGAGAGAGACGAGAGUGAGGGAGUGGAGAGUGAAAGAGGGGGGGAUGAGGAGAGUGAGAGAGGUGAGAGUGAAGUGAGCGAGGAAAUGGGUGCGGAAGGCAGAGAAGCAGUGGAGAGAGGGAGAAUGGCCGAGGAGGAAAGUGAGGAGGACGAGGAGCGGAGGGCAGAGGAGGGAGAGGAAGAAGAUGAGAGGGAAGGGGAUGAGAGGGAAGGGGCGCCAGAAGCAACAGCUGGAGUCGUGGCCGAGGGAAGAGUGACUGAUGAAGGUUUAUCGGGUUCUGAUGAAGAUGGGGAGGGAGAGGAGGAGAGGGGCACACGGGGAGAGUACAAGAGGUAUGAGGAGAGUGAGGAAGACGAAGAGGGGGGAGAGGACGGAGUAACGGAGAGGUUUAGAAGGAGAGAGGAGGACAAGGAGGAAGAGGAGGAAGAGGAGGAGGAAGAGGAGGAAGAGGAGGAAGGGGAGGAAAGGGAGGAAAGGGAUGGUGAAUCAGAUUCGCUUUUAUUCCCAGCCCUCACGCCCCAACCAGACACAGGCUCAGCCGAGCCUUCCCCUUACGUCCGGUCUGUCAUGGGCUUCAGGGGAGGUUCGGAAGGGGAAGGAGAGGAGUGGGAGGAGAAGGAAGGGGAGAGGAGAGAGAGGAGGGACUAUGACAGGCAGAGUAGCAGGGAGGAUGAAGAUGAGAGGGAGAAAAGGGAGGAGGUGGGAGAAGAGGAGGAUGAGGAGGAAAGGGAGGGGGAGGAGGAGGAGGAGGAUGAGUAUCGGAGGGAGAGAAGGAAGGGCGUUUUAGAGGAUGAGGAGGAAGAGAAGGAGGAGGAAAGGGAAGUGGAGGAGGAGGAGGAGGAGGAGGACGAUGAGGGGCAGGAUUCAGACAGGCGUUACGAUUCUGAUAGACGUAACGACGACUCCGAAGGGCGUUACGACUCUGACAGACGUAACCGUAACGACUCGGACGGGCGUUACGACUCUGAAGAGCGUUACAGAUCGCAUCGGCGUUACGACUCGGGGCAACGGUACGACUCGGGGCAACGGUACGACUCGGAGGCACAAGGGGAGGAGGAGGAAGAAGAAGACAGGGAUAGGCUCGGCAGAGAUGAGAAAAGGAGAGGAGAUGGGGAAAGGUGUAGAGAUGAGGACAGGAGGGGAGAUGAGGACAGGAGGGGAGAUGAGGACAGGAGGGGAGAUGAGGACAGGAGGGGAGAUGAGGUCAGGAGGGGAGAUGAGGUCAGGAGGGGACGAUCUGGGGAGGAUGGAGAGGACAGCUAUGGUACCGACGAUGACAGGCGUGACACGCGGCGAGAUAGGGAGGAUGCGCGAGACGAUAGCGAAGAUAGCAGGUCCAGUAGGAGGGAUGAUGAGCGACGGUAUGGGAGGGAUGGGAGAGAUGGGAGGGAUGGGAGGGAGGAAGAUGAUGGUGAUAGGUUUGGCAGGAGUGACGGGGAUGAGGAGGAGGAAGAGCAAGUGGGAGAGAGGAGGAGGUAUAGAGAGGAGACAGGCAGCGAGGGGAGUGAGAGAAGGUACAGUGAGGACGGUGAGGAAGGGGAGGAGGGGGAUGACGGUGAGGAAGGGGAGGGGGGUGAGGCGGGUGAAGAAGGAGAGGAAGGGAGGAGGUACAGAGACGACUCGGAAUCCGACCUCUCGCCUCUUGCUGUUGCUGCAAGCACUGCUGUGACAGCUGCUGCUGUUGCAGCAGGCUUGAAGGCUGGUGUGAGGGCUUGUGCGGAGGAGGACACGGCAGGAGAGGAGGAGGAGGAGGAGGAGGAGGGUGAAGGGAGAGAGCGGGGUGAGGAAGAAGAGGAGGACGAAGGCGAGGAGGAGCGGGACAAAGAGGAGGAGAAUGAGGGGGAGGAGGAGGAGGAGGAGGAGGAUGAGGGGGAACAAGGUGAGGAAGGAGCUCGAAAGGAGGUCAGGCGGGAGCGAGAGGGGGAGGAAGAGGCGAGGGAUGGGAGGCGCCCGGCUAUGGAACCAGUACCCGAAGGACAAGAGGUGGAUCUGUCACGCUACUCUGCUGCUGGCGCCGCUGCUGCUGGUGUGAAGGGACUAGGAAAUUACGCGGAAGACAAAGAAGAGGAGGAGGAGGAGGAAGAUGAUGAUAGUGAGGAUGAUGAGGACGAUGAGGAUGUGCCGUUGGCCUUAGCAGCUGACCCGAUCGCAGCAGAAGCGCUGGCGGAGAGGCGGCGGAGGAGAAAGCGGGAGCGGCGGGAGCGGCGGGCGCGGCUGCGGCAGCAAGAGAUCAGCGCUAGGAUCAGUGGGUCAGGGCACGAGAGCGACUCGUCGGCUAUGGAGUGGCGGACGGAGGAGGAGGAGAGGCGGGCAAGGGGAGGUGUGGCCGCAGGGGUGCUGGUGCUCGGAGGGGCGGUGGUGAAACUGACUGGGACGGGGGCAGGGGAGGAGCCUUUGACGGGAGGGGAGGUAGAACUAGAGCAAGAGCCGGAGUCCCCUGCUGUGGUGGUGAAGCCUGGGCCGGGGCUGUUUGAUAUGGGAGGGGAGGGGAUGGGAGCGGGAGGGAUGGCUGGGGCGGUUAAGAGUGGUAGGAAGGGAGAGAAGGGUUUGAGGGAGAGGAGGGGCAGGAAGGGGAGGCCGGUGAGGACGAUGAGUGAUGUGAAGGGGGGAGGGAUGAUGGGAGGAAGCAGACGGAAGGGGACUUGGGAUGGGGCGAGCCCGUUGGGUGCUGGUCCUGGUGCCUGGCGGUUUGGCACCCAAGAGGAGGUGGGUAUGAGAAGUCCCUACAGAAAAGUAGCAGAAGAGGAGGAGGAAGAGGAGGAAGAAGAGGAGGAGGAAGAGGAGGAGGGGAUGGAGACAAUGCAAGCGCUGGGAGGAGGGUACAACGACUUCGACGUAGUCACGGACAUCACAGGUGUGACCGACGCUGAUAGCCAAGUGCCUGUGGCCUCAGCCUACCAUGGCUACCAUGCCCCCCUUGACAACAACGCCCCCCAAGACUACAACGCUGCUACUGCUUUUGAGUCGACUCAAAAGCAUGCCUACCGCGACUCUUAUGCUGCAACUGACAUCACCGGUAUCACGGGGAUUACAGAGGCCACGGACGCUGAUAGUCAAGUGCCUGUGGCGCCUAUACUUGUGUCUGUUGGUGCUGGCGCCGCUGCUGCUGCUGCUUUUCCUGUGAGAGAAGAGGAGGAAGAGGAGGCAGAGGUGGAGGAGGAGGAUGAGGAGGAGGAAGAGGAGGAGGAGGAGGAGGAGGAGGAGGAAGAGGAGGAUGAGGAUGUGCCUGUAGCAGGUGCCAUCCAUUCGCCAUUGCAGCGGGGGAGCUCAGUGAGCAAAAGUGCACUGGAAAUACUACCAGCUGAGGCGCUUCCCCCCAGUGGCAGCACCACCCCGGCCUCCUCCUUUGAUACAGUGGGCUUCGGACGGGUCCCAAUGGGCUUUGGACGCUCGGAGUGUGGGGAGCAGCAGAAGCAGAGGCAGAGGCAGCAGCUACAGCAGCAGCAGCAUGGGGAGGAGAAGGGAAGGGAGGAGGACGAGGACGAGGAGGAGGAUGAGAGAGGGGAGAGAUUGGAAGAGAGACACAAGGUAGAAAGAGGGGGGGGUUCAAGAGAUGAGGAGGAAGAAGAGGAGGAAGAGGAGGAGCAAGAGGAGGAGAAAGAGGAAGAGAAUGAGGAGGCGAAUGAGGAGGAAGGAGAGGAAAGAGAGGAGGGAGUUGGUUAUGGCUCUCCUGUGCACGCUGAUUAUGACACCCCUACGCAUGCUGAUUAUGGUACCCCAGCGCACGUGGCUCGGAGAUUCCCUCGAAUGGAGAGCGAGGGUGGAGCGAGCGACAUCAACGCACCCAUUGCCAUGCCUGCUAGUGUCUCCCCGGUGGGAGAGAAUGCUUGGGGAGCGGAGGGCGAAAGGGACCAGUGGGCAGAGGAUCAAGGAGAGAGUGUGGGUGAGGAAGAUGAGGGGGUGAAUGAGGAAGAGGAGAGGGAGAAUGAAGAAGAGGAGAAGGCGGAGGAGGAGGACGACGAAAAGGAGGGCGAAGGAAAGGAGGCUGGAGAGGAGGACGGAGCGGAGGAAGGGGAGGAGGAAUGGUCAUCGGACGAGGCAGGCGAGGACAGGGACUCGGUCGCGGAAUCAAUGCAGAUUGGGUCAAGCGAGGGAGGAGCCAUCAGAGGGUCCAUGGAGAGAAGGUCAGGGAGGAAGUACCGGAGAACGCUCAGUGAGGCCAGUGAUGCUGAUGCCCCCGUUGCCAUGCCAGUCACAGCAGCAGCAGCAGCGGCGCAGCAUGGGGGAGGGGAGGAUGGGAGCUCGGACAUGGGCGAUGGGGAGUCGGAAAUCGGAGUGCCGAUAGCGAUGCCGAUGGAUCCCACUCCUAGAAGACGAGCGGACGGGACACGAGAUGCUGGUGGUGCUGCUGCUGCUGGUCGCGGUGGUGGGGGCAGGGAGGAGGAUGGAGAGUGGGAGGGGGAGGAGGAUGAGGAGGGAGAGGAUGGGGGGCGGAGGGACGGUCGUUGCAUGGACGAGGAGAGUGAGCUGGACGCGCCUAUUGCCAUGCCGCUAGCCAUGAUGGGAGCAGGGGGGAGCGGCAGCGGGAGGAGCAGCAGCGGCGGUGGCGGUGGUAUGGGGCAUGGUGGUUGGUCGGGCAGUGGAGGCCGGAUGGGGAGUGGUGUUGCUGACGCCAUCAGGGCCGGGGUUAUAGAUAUGGAUGAUGGCAUGAGUGUGCAAUCCAGCGAGCUUGCCGCACCUAUUGCCAUGCCUGUCGACGACAGCUUCGGCAGGACGCCCGAGGCUACGGACGAGGCUCGGCGACGAGCGCCGAACCACGGGUACGCCCCUCCGCUUUCCCGCCACAUGCCCCCUGUUGCUUCCACCACGUCUACCCCGCGCAAGCCUAAGCACCUUCAGAGUCAGAGAUCUCUCAACCAGAACUUCCCAAGCCCACUGCAGCAGCAAAGUCAGCAGCACAGUCAGCAGCAGCAAAGCCAGCAGCACAAUCAGCAGCAGUCGUACCAGCAGCAUUUGAGGGAGCAGCAGCACUUAGAGUCUCCCAGGCAACCACACGCCCACCCUCAUUCCCCAUCCUCCUUUGGCCUCUCCCCUGCCUUUGGUCGACCCAGGGCUCCAGCACAGGUUCGGGCUCUAGCCGCGGAAGGCCGAACCGGAGGACCAGGUUCGGCCCAUUCUUCUCCAAGGGGUGGAGGUCCGGGGUCGAGAGCCUCAUCAGCUGCAGGAUCGCCGAGGGAGAGAGGGAGGAUGGAUGGGGGGCAACGCUCUUCGUCCUUCAGAGGUCCCGCCCGAACAUCAAGCCUGCAUUCGGAAGCAGGAGGGCAGGUUCGGCACAGCCCCGGCAAGGACACGGACGCAGCAGCAGAGGGCGCACAGGUGGCACGAGGCGGGUCCUUAUCCAAUCGCCACGCUGGCAGCCAGGCUGGCAGCCGAGCUGGCAGCUUAGCUGGCAGUCCCAGCAGCAGCGGACGUGGGGGGGGUAAUGGUGUUGAUGGGGUUGGUGUUGGUGGUGGCAGUGGGAGAGUGGCAGCAGGAGCAAGCAGUCUGGGGCCUGGUAGUGCUGCGUCCACCCCAUCUGCAGGUGCUGCUGCUUCACCUGCUGCUGCUGCUUCGACUGCUGCUGCUGGUGCUGGUGCUGCAUCGGGUUCUGUCACACCUCAUUCUGUCACGCCGCUUUCAGUCACACCCACCGGUGCCGGGGCUACUUUUGAUUCUUCCGAGCCUCCGACACCCAUUGCCCAACCUGCUGGGCCUUAUCCCGAACCUCCAACUCCCAUUGCACAGCCUUCCGCACCUUAUGCCGAGCCUCAAACUCCCAUCGCCCAACCUGCCGAGCCUUAUCCCGAACCACCAACCCCUAUUGCCCAACCUGCCGAGCCUUAUCCCGAGCCUCCAACUCCCAUCGCCCAACCCGCUGAACCUUAUGCCGAACCUUCCGAGCCUCCUACGCCAAUCGCCAGACCUGUGUCCCCUCCCAAGCCUGCUCCUGCACCUGCUCCCGAACCUGUUAAAGCCCCUGCCCCUGCUCCCUCUCAGUCCCAAAACCCUGCAAAACCCUCGCAUCAUGCUGCUACAUCCAGUUCUAGUUCCACUGGAAUUUCUGCUACAGCCACUGCUACAGCUGCUGCUGCUUCUACUGCCACAAGUGCUGCUCCCUUGACCCCUGCAAGUGACAGCGACAGUGGGAAACUGUGGGAGGACGAUGCAGCAGGGGCCAAGCGGCUUGCUGCUGCUGCUGGAGCUGGGAAGAAGAAAAAGAAGAAGUCAAAGUGGUUCAUGUGCUUUGGCCCCCCUUCUGCUGUUGAUGACUAGUGUAGGUUGCUCUUGUGUUGCUGUUUUCUCAACUUGCUAUAAUCUCUGAUAUAUCAGCAGCUCAGCCCACUGCUGCUAGCUUUUGUUGGUGCUAUUGGCUCUGCAAUAGGCGUUAGAUCGAUGUUGUACUACUCACGUGUGAGUGCUCAUUGCAUGUAUUCUGUAGCUAGGUGUAAGAAAUCUUACUAACCUAU